GUUCACGAAUUGUGUACUUCCUUGCCUAUAAUACCCUAAAAAUAAUCAGGAAAUACAAAUUGAUUUUAUUUCUUCUUUCGUUUCAGCAAUAUAAAACAUAAUCAACGAAAAUACAUAUUUACAUGUCAAACCCGGAUUGUCUGAGUAAAGCUAUAUCUUUGGUGAAAACCGCCAUUGAUCAUGAUAAUGCUGAGCGUUAUGGAGAUGCUUACAAGUAUUAUCAAAAUGCUCUUGAUUACUUCAUGAUGGCCUUAAAAUAUGAGAAAAACGAAAAAUCCAAAGAAAUCAUAAGAGGGAAGGUUCUAGAGUAUUUAGAUCGCGCGGAGAAACUGAAAGUCUUCCUUCAACAAAAGAGUAGCCAGGUUGCCUCUAAGAGUGGUGCUUCCAGCGGAUUAGAGGGAAGCAAUUCUCCGGCUGCCAGUGAAGUUUUAGAUUCGGAAGCUAAAAAGCUUCGAGGUGCUCUUACCAGCGCAAUCUUAGUUGAAAAACCCAAUGUUCGUUGGGAAGAUAUAGCUGGUUUAGAAAAUGCAAAGGAAGCUUUGAAAGAAACGGUUCUUCUUCCUAUAAAAUUACCACAGUUGUUUUCGCGUAGUCGAAAGCCAUGGUCCGGCAUCCUUCUAUAUGGUCCUCCCGGAACAGGAAAGUCGUAUUUAGCAAAAGCGGUUGCUACGGAAGCUGGCUCUACAUUCUUUUCCAUCAGUUCUUCUGAUUUGGUGAGUAAAUGGAUGGGUGAAAGUGAAAGGCUUGUUCGGCAACUAUUUGAAAUGGCACGAGAGCAAAAGCCUUCCAUCAUUUUUAUUGACGAAAUUGACUCACUUUGCGGUAGCAGAAGUGAGGGCGAAAGCGAAUCCUCUCGUAGAAUCAAAACCGAGUUUUUAGUCCAAAUGAACGGUGUUGGAAAAGAUGAGAGUGGGGUAUUGGUGUUGGGUGCUACCAAUAUACCUUGGACAUUGGAUUCUGCCAUUCGUCGACGUUUCGAAAAAAGAAUCUAUAUCCCGUUGCCGAGUUCAUACGCUCGUUCUAGAAUGUUUGAACUUAAUAUAGGCGAUAUUCCAUCAGAAUUGAAGUCCCGGGACUUCAAAGAGCUUGGAAGAAUGACGGAGGGUUACUCUGGUUCGGAUAUAGCUAUCGUUGUUCGAGAUGCUAUAAUGGAACCUGUAAGAAAAAUCCACACGGCUACCCAUUUUAAAAAGGUCUUUUAUGAGCCGUUGAACCGUACCAUGGUCACUCCUUGUUCCCCUGGAGAUCCAGAAGCAUUUGCAGCUACAUGGAUGGACGUAAACGGUAGUGAUAUCUUAGAACCCCGUCUUAGUGUACGUGAUUUCUACACUGCUGUUAAGAAAGUGAAACCUACUUUGAACGCUGGCGACAUACAAAAGCACAUUCAAUUUACGAAGGACUUUGGCGCCGAAGGCUAAUUUCAGAUUCCUGCGAAAAGGUUCAGAAUUUCUAAUGAUUUGGCACGUUCAAAAACUAAUGUUUUAGUAUCAUAUUAAACAGACUAUGAGAAUUGUAAAAAAAUAAAAUAAAGCAUUCAUCUGUAAGGUAUCCACAGACAUUAGAAGGUCAAAGCACAGGAAAUAGAGAAUCGCC